AUUUAUUGACGACCAUAUCAAAUGUUACGUUUCAAACUCACCAACUGUAUCUCUCUCCUCUUUCUGGGCUUUGCUUUCUUCUACUACUAUUACACAGAUCAAUUUUCUUCUUCUCACACUAUGGCUGCAGACAGUUCCAAAUCUAUUUACGAAUUCACUGUCAAGGAUAUUCAUGGAAAUGAUGUAAAGCUAAGUGAGUACAGUGGCAAGGUUCUUCUGAUUGUGAAUGUUGCUUCAAAAUGUGGUUUCACACAAUCCAACUACAAGGAAUUAAAUAUUUUGUAUGAAAAGUACAAAAACAAAGGUUUUGAGAUCUUGGCAUUUCCUUGCAACCAGUUUGCAGGACAAGAGCCAGGAAACAAUGAGGAGAUUCAGGAAGUUGCAUGCACGAGGUUGAAAGCUGAAUUUCCAAUAUUUGACAAGAUCGAGGUGAAUGGGAAGAAUGAGGCUCCCCUUUACAAGUUCUUAAAAUUGGAGAAAGGUGGUCUCUUUGGAAAUGGCAUCAAAUGGAACUUUACCAAGUUUUUGGUAAACAAAGAAGGGAAGGUCGUGGAGAGAUAUGCUCCUGUGACAGCACCUCUCAAAAUUGAGAAAGACAUCCAGAAUCUAUUGGAAUCUUCUUGAGUAUCAAGGAUGGCAGAAAGGGUUUGCUAUAGCAAUUGCAGCAAAUAAAAUGAGUUUGGGAGCAUGAGCAAAUUGCGAGUAUACUGUACUCUAGGAAAAUAUAUAUGCCUUGGUUGUUGGAUACUACUAAUUCAGUUUCCUUAAUGAUGCAGAGGUCAUGUUUGUGUGUAAAAGUAACAAAUAAACUUGCUUCCUGAAUAGGACUUGUUAUGGGAAUUGGGAAGUGAGGGAAAAAAAAAAUAAUGAGACAAGAGGUACUGUGCCGUACCCGCAUUCAUAUUGUAUCGUAAACAAUUGACAAUGAGCAGACUUACAUUCUGGGUUCUUGAAGCUCCACAAAUA